GCCAUCACUACCAACAUUAUCUCCAGAACCGACAGCAGAUCCAGCAUGAACAGCAUCAAGAAAAUAAAUGUGGAGGAAGUGAAAAGUGGUCCAUGUUAUGGCAGACGAGGCAGGCGGCCCUGGAGGUGGUCAAGGCCUCAGAGAUCACACACCUUCACCUCGUUUCCCAGGGCGAUGCUGACACGUUUUUAAUGGAGGCAUUAUGGAAUGCUGGUGUAAGCCUACAAGUGGCAGUAGAGCAAGUGUGGUGGACAGGGCUGGCUGAUCUGACCUACUUGUCAACCUCUCAGCACCUUCUGAUGGGUAACGUCACCUGGCUCUCAUACACUAUGCAACAGGUGCAGAGACUGUAUAAGACGGCAAAACUUAAGGCUACGAAUACUCGAUGGAUCUGGAUAGCCACCGAUGGAGGGAAGACCCGUGAAUUCGUCAAGUCAUCAUCAUCUCCGCCCUCUCCAGCCUUCCCUAAUGUCUUGCAGAUAGUUUCUCAUUCUCUCCUGGAGAACAUGAGGGGCGUUCUGGUGGUUAUGUCUUCCAGAAGACAACUGAUUAAAGAUUUAUCAUUUGAACUGCCAGAAGAUUUAAAGAUUAUAUCUAUGUGCACGUUGUUGGUAGUGGUGGGCGCCGUGGUGACAACAGGUGAUGGGUCGUGGCAGGUAAAGGUUGCCGGGACUUGGAAUAGCAGCAGCGGCCUAAGGAUCUUCACACCACUUUGGCCAGAACCGCCAGCCACCCUGAACGCCAGACACAUCAGAGCAACCUGCAUCAAUAAACCAGAGGUGUUUAUGGUGGGGAACAGUGUAAGACUGGACGAUGCUAGAGGCUACAUAGUGGAAAUGAUGCAUCUCAUGCGACAACACCUCAAUUUCACUGAAGUACUGGUGCCCGCAAAAGGCUUUGGCCUCUUCUUGUCCAACGGAUCAUUCGACGGCAUGACCGGGGUGCUGCAGCGAGGGGAGGCGGACAUUUCAUUCAUGGACUACACACCGAGCGGUGACAGGUUAUCCGUGAUGGACUUCAGCAUACCCUUCGGCGAAGACCCUAUGUUGAUCAUCUCCAGAGCCCCGACCACAGUUGAUAGGCCCUUCCUACUUAUCCAGAUCUUCUCCCCUUUAGUAUGGGCAUGUAUCAUUGGCAUGAGUUUGGUGGCAGGCGUGCUUCUUGGAAUGAUAGAAAUCGUGGAGAAUGUGUUGACCAACUCACUUGACCGAUCAUACCGGGAUCAUCCUGCCUUUUACACCUAUAUUGUGGAACAAGUUACCAAUGUUAUGAAGAUAUAUGUCUUCCAAGGCAGUCGCAGGUGGGCUGAAAGCUGGUGUGGGCGUGUGGGCGCGGCUACGACUAUCCUGGCAACGGUGGUGGUCGGCUACCUUUACAGCGGCGCCAUCACGUCCUUUCUUGCUAUUCCCUUCAGGUCACCGCCGCUGGAUUCCUUAGAAGACCUGCUGAGAAGUAAUGUGCGCCCAGCCCUCCGCACAAAAACCUACGUUUACCAAAUCAUGACACAACAUGGAGGACCACUCGCCGAUAUGCAUGGCCGUGUGGGGGUGUUCGAGGACGAUGAUGUAUCCCCCUGGUCGUUUCUCAGGACUGUCGCCGAUGGAACCUUCGCUCUAGUUGGUAAUCAUGGAGUGAUUGCUGUUGGUAAUGAUCUUAUAGCCAUCUUGCAGCUACUUGAUGACGGUGACAAUGCCGAUACCAAGCAACAUGCAUACAUCAGCAACAUGCAACUCCACAGACUGCACAAAAGAGGCACAGAGGAAAUUGAACGAGAUUACCAGAGAGAAAAUAUUCGUAUUGGAAGACAACGGGUGGAGACGAUAGAUCACAGGACACGUUUAAUGUGGCAGGAAGCUGCCAUCAAUGGUUCCUAA